AUGUCGAAAGCUGCUUCACUUCCUCCUUGGGAAGUCACUCCCCCGUGGCAGAAACGUGUCCCAGUGACGGCAGCACCUAUGGUCCCGAAAGUUAGAUUCGGUCAUCUAGAAAAUACUUUCAUACCCCCAUUGCCACCACCACCACCACCACCAGAAGAGCCAGUUGCCACUCCAGCGCCGCCGCCGCCCAAUACUUAUCGAAGAGCCGUUUCACUGCCAAGGAACCCCAGACCAGUACGUCCAAGGCUUCCCAGCAGCACACGACCGACAGACACAUCGCCCGAGUGUACGAAUGACCCCUCUCCGACCAAGACUACAAAUCCCAUUCCCCCACUACCAGUAGUCCCAGAAAACAAUCAAGUAAGGCCCCGGAGCCGGAGCCAUAGCUCGACUCUUUCAGGGACACUCGAAUCUUCUCCUCCACCAGCUUCUCGACCACCCCUUCCCCUGAAUACAUCAUACCCCACGCCUCCUUCCUCAACCAAGUCUCCGGUUUCUCCUCAAAAGACGCUCGAAAACAUCAGAGAGGACAAUGCGUUCCAAAGCAAUAAAUCACUGCCUCCUCCCCCCCAACCAAGCGUCAUUCCUAUUGACAACAACAAUGAUUACAACGACAAUUACAAGAAUCCAGUUCCUGCACGGAAAUCGCGAUUCACCUCCCUCAAAAAGUCGCUUUCGCUCAAGAUCCUACCCCAGGGCUCGAAUGGGCGCCGCUCCCCCUCAGCCCUCUCACCAACAGCCGACCCGCAAUCUCCCACCCUGACAACGAAAGAUAUCCCGCCCGAUUGGGCAAAUACCAUUGUUCCCUCGAGUUCUCUCCGCAGGAAAAACUCAAAACAGCUCACUUCCCCUGCUUACAAUGGGGAAGUAUUCGCACGGAUAGAGACGGAAGGUUCACGAGUCGUGAGUAUCGGUAAUGAUGAGAAGGAGGUCGCGGAGUAUCCCGCCCGAAGUCCUCGCACGACCAAAACUCCGACUGGGCCUGCCCUUGCCGGCACCCAAGCACCCAAGUCUCUCCAUGUCAGGCAGAGGUCGAGACGUCUGGCAUCGCCAGGUUAUGUCCAGGAGAAAUACAAUCUUGCGGAUGGAGGUAGACGUGACGGAGACGUAAUUGGAAAUAUUGUCGUUUCGGGCGGAAGGUCACCUGGCAUGUCUGAUGAAGAGACGAGAGCGAAUAGGAAUACCAGGCCGCCAAUAAGAGGGAACGAAACCAAUGUUACUCCUAGUAGACCACAAAGGCCAGAGAGGCCGGACAGACCAGAUAGUUCGAGGUUUGACCUCCCGGAGAUGUACGACGAAAAGAUGAGACCAAUGUCACCGAAACCCGAACCACCUCCAAAAGACUCCUCAGUAGGACCGAGACUCGUCCCACUCAAAUUCGCCUCCGCUUCCUCUCCAAAGGAAGUAGCACCAGCUGGCCCGGCACAACCGAAGCUGAUCCCACUCAAAUCUUUCCUCCCACCUUCUCCUGAGGGGUUGGAGGAUCGCUCUUUCCCUUAUGCCUACGAAUCGAUCGACGAUGUCACUGACAAUCCUCCCCUCAAAGUUGCACCCUUGAGAAUUAAAUCUUCUGAGAAUACACCCGCACCCGAAAGUUACAUUGGCUCUGCUCCUCGAGCGCCGAAUAACGAGUCUACCACUCAAAUGUCGAAUACAGACUCUGCAUAUGCGACUCAAGUUCCGGACAACAAAUCUGCAACUCAAGCCCCAACCUCAGUAACAGCUCAGCUCAUAUCCCGCGCCGCACCAAGAAAGCUAUACAGCGCAACCCACAGCACCUUCCUCCGCCGCUGCUCCGAUGGGCGUAUUACGAUCCCGGUCCUUUCUCGAUACCUAACACAAGAAUGGAUAUUCCUCCAACAUUACCUUCGUUUCAUAGCACUCCUCCUCGCAAACCUCUCCAUCCCAUCAGGACCAGCACUUCGCUCACCAAUAUCUCCUUCACAAACCCCCAAAUCAACGAAAGUAGAGAGGGAAAUCAACGCUCGUCUAACACCCCACCUAAUCACCCGGCUCUCUCGCGCCCAGAACCAACUCUCCCUUUUUUCAAGCCUGGAGGCCGAUAUCCCAGACCUCAGUCUCGAAAGCUGGGAAGAAGCAGCAGAGGACGGCAUGACGGACGCUACGCGGAUGACUGUACGUCUCUUCGACGUAAUGGGUACCGCGGUAGAGAGAGGGGAGAAGAGUGUUCUCGUCGGUAUGGUAGUUUUUUGGGCUAGGGAAAAGGCUCACCUCGAAGCCUGGAAACAAGUCCAAUCCACGGUCGCCAUGCGCAACCAACCGGAUCAGCCCGAUAUCCCCGCCGAGUCCCCAGCUGCCUCGCUCGCAGUGCAGAAUUACCUGCUCCCCUGUUUCGCUGGAAAUGAGUCGAUGAUGGUUAUGGAAGAGUUGACGAGGCUGUUGGAUGAAGUGUGGUGUGAUAGGUACUUGGGGACUAGGGAGGGGUUUCUCGAGCGGGUAGGCGCGAAGGGGGAGAGAAAAUCCUGGGAAGAGAGGGGGUGGGAAGGAGAUGCGAAGGAGUUUGAGGAGAUGAUGGAGAUGGUAUUGGGGAUUAUGGCGAGGGGGUGGCCAGGGCUCGAGGGGAGAUAA